AUGUGUCGCAAAAGGACGACGUGUUAUCAUCCUCCUGAAGACGACGUGCCAGUUGAGGACAGGACGCGCUCUAUCGAGAAGAAUAAGGAAGACGUUGCAGAAAGGUUACAUCCUCUCCAAAGAAGAAGCGAAAGAGGCGAGACAGAAGUCGAAGCAGAAGUCUAUCGCGAUCUCGGAAGAGGAAAAGCCGCUCACGUUCGCGGUCGCGGUCUAGAAAACACAGAAAAUCGAGUAAGGAAGAGAGAGUUAGUCGGAAAGAGUGAAGGGAAGAGGGAGAAGGAAGAGAAGUCAGCGAAGAAAUCUUCCUCAAAAGAAAGUAAAUCAAUCGAUGAGCGAAGCAGAAGUGACCGCUCAACACGUCGCAAUGGCAAGAGGUCUGCUUCGCAUAGCAGGGAAAGGUCUAGCCAGAAGUCAUCCAAGGCUAAAGGCGAAAAACGUCGAAGAGAGGAAUCGCCGAGCGAUGUUAAUAAGGAGGACAAGAAAAGAAAAACAAAGAACAUAGACAGUGACAACAACAAUGCGAGUAAGGCGAGCACAGCAGUGUCGGAAGUAGUGAUCCCAUCGGCCGCAGCUGUGGAAACUACUCAAACUCCGAAGAACGUUGAGAGUAGCUCGGCUACAACAGCUCCUUCAAAAACUGACAAGAUGAACAGUCUGCUGAAUCGGAUGAAGAAAAGGCUGUCAAUACAGUCAUUGCACAUCAAGUGA